AUGUCAUCUAGUAAGCAGGUACAGUUCAGAAUUAUUGUCGGAUCAUAUGAGCACUCGCUUCUCUGUGUGUCAGUAACGAUUCCUCUAGACCAGGAGGGAGAAGAUUCUGAUUCCAAGAAACAGGCGCAUUUCCAUCCAAUCUUUCAUUUCUCUGCACAUUCCCUAUCAAUCAGAUCCAUGGAUAUAGCAAAGAGAUAUUUGGUUACUGGCUCGAAUGACGAGCACAUUCGUAUUUACGAUUUGCAAAAGAGAAAAGAACUGGGCACGCUAUUGCAACACCAGGGCUCCAUCACCAAGCUCUUGUUCUCUAACGAAGUUGACGAUGAGAACCAUGACAAGGAGAAGGAUGAGAGAAAUGAGGAUGCAGAUUCCAACCUAGGAGAAUCCAAGGAAGAUGUCUAUCUUACACACAAGAGGGGCAAAUGGCUAUUGUCUGCUUCUGAGGAUGGAACAAUCCUUAUAUGGCGUACCAAGGAUUGGGAGAAAUUCGGUGUUUUGAAAGGACACAAAGGCGCAGUGGAAGAUAUUGCCAUCCACCCCUCUGGAAGAGUGGCUAUUUCUGUAGGUGCAGAUUCCACUGUCAGAUUAUGGAACUUGAUGACAGCAAAGAAGGCCAGUAGUAUGUUUUUGAGGGGGGCUCUAACUAGAGGUCAAACUGCACAGUUUAUACAAUUUGAUUCAACUGGAGAGUUUUUCGUUAUUGGAUUCAGAGAUAGAAUCAUGUUCUGGACUACCAGGGAGGCCAAAAUGUUGAAUUUGUUAGGUACUAAUAAGGUUGUUAUUAUGGAUGUCCAAUUUGUGGUAUUAAGCGGAAGGGAAUUUAUGGUUGUUGCUCUGAAUAAUGGUUCUAUCGAUUUCUACGAAUUCGAAGACUCAUUGUUCAAACUGGAAAGCAAAAAAAUCAAAGAUAUCGAUGGUGCAACUUUGGAAAACCUCCCGAAACCAACGUAUUCACUACAAGGCCACGCUUCGAGGGUGAAGGGUAUAUCUUUCUAUAAGGAAAUCAUCAAUGGGAAACUGCAUGAAUAUAUGGUCUCCAUUUCUUCAGAUGGGAAGAUUGUUGUAUGGAAUCUGGACCUUGCUGUUAUGGACCAAGUUGCCGUUUACUCCACAGGCGAGAGGCUGAAUGUUGUUUCCACUGUCCAAGAAACUAUCGAGAAAGCUAGUACAAUGAAGCCUAUUUACAAUCCCGAUGACAAGUACAAGGACGUUGCUACUGAUAGUGAAUAUGAAAGUGACGGGGAGAGUUUAGCGCAUAUCAUGAAAGGUGGUAAGAGAGUCUCAAAGAAGAAGCAACGUAAGGAGAAGAAGAAGUUGCUGUCUGUGGAGAUUGAGUAA